ACCUGUUUUCCUUCACUGCCCACGCCAACCCUCUUCUGGUCUCCCUGUGUUCUUCUACACAGUAGGCUGUUCACCUUGCCACCACUGACCCCCCCCCCCCACAAUCUCUAUGUCCUUAGGUCCCCUGUGACUUGGAACCAGACUGCCUUGACCCUCCCUGCAGGUGACCCAAAGAGGGGAACAGCCCUUGGAGACCUCUCCAGCAUUGAGCCCGCAGCUUGUGUCCCGAGCUCCCAGGAACCCCCAGGGCCUUCUGUGCCUGCCCAGUCCCUGCUCCUCGAGUCCCUGGCGCAGAGCCUGCUGCCGGGCACAGAAUACCAGAGGCAGCUUCUGGCCGCCCAAGUGCAUCUGCAGAGUGGCACGGCCGAGCUCCAGGCCGACCUUCUGCAGAGCCAGGCCCGGCUGGCAGAGCUGGAGGCCCAGGUGCGGAAGCUGGAGCUGGAGCGGACCCAGCACCAGCUCUUGCUAGAGAGCUUGGAGCAGCGGCACCAGGCCGACCUGGAGCUCAUCGAGAGCGCCCACAGAAGCCGUGUCAAGGUGCUAGAAACAUCGUACCAGCAACGGGAGGAGCGGCUGCGGAGGGAGCACGAGGAGCUGUCGGCCCGGUAUCUGUCGUACUGCCGAGAAGCCGAGCAGGCCCGCGCCGAGCUCACAGCUCAGCACCAGCAGCGCUUGGCGGCUGCCAUGCAAGAGAAGGACCAUGAGAUGGAGCGGCUCCGGGAACUGCAGCGGGCCUCCAUCCUGGAGAUGCGCCAGGACCACGAGGAGCAGCUGCAGCGGGUGAAGCUGCUGAAGGACCGAGAGAUCGACGCGGUCACCAGCGCCACCUCCCACACGCGGUCCCUGAAUAGCAUCAUCGAGCAGAUGGAGAAGUUCUCCAGCAGCCUGCAUGAGCUGUCCUCCCGCGUGGAGGCCUCACACCUCACCACCGCCCAGGAGCGGGAGCUGGGGCUCCGGCAGCGCGACCAGCAGCUCAGAGUGCUGCAGGAGAGGCUGGGCCAGCAGCAGCGGGACAUGGAAGAGGAGAGAAGCCGGCUCCAGGAGGUCAUCGGGAAGAUGGAGGCACGCCUGAACGAGCAGAGCCGGCUGCUGGAGCAGGAGCGAUGGCGGGUGAAUGCCGAGCAGUCCAGGGCUGAGUCCACGCAGCGCGGUCUAGAAGAGCAGAGGAAGGUCAUGGUCCAGCAGAUCACCAUGGAACGGGAGGAGCUGGAGAAGGCCAAGAGCGCCUUGCUGGAGGAGCAGAAGUCCGUCAUGCGCAAGUGUGGGGAGGAGCGGCGGCGCCUCGCAGCCGAGUGGGCCGAGUUCUAUGCGCAGCAGAAGCUGAGUAAGGAGCGGGCUGAGCGUGAGGCAGAGAGGGCGCUGCAGGUGGACACCCAGCGGGAGGGCACCCUCAUCAGCCUGGCCAAGGAGCAAGCCGAGCUGAAGAUCAGGGCCAGUGAGCUCCGAGCCAAGGAGGAUCAGCUGGCGGCCGAGAGGGAGGCCCUGGAGCGGGAGCGGCAGGGGCUGCGGCUGGAGAAGGAGAGGGUCAGCGCUGCUGCCCUGCGCACCAGGCUCCGUGCCGAGGAGGUGGAGAGCAUGAGCCAGGUAGCCUCGGAGAAGUUGGAGGAGGGGCAGCGGGCGCUGCGCGAGGCCCGGCAGGUGCAGCAGGAGCAGCAGGCACGGCUACAGCUGGUACAGCGGCAGCAGGAGCAGCUGCGGCAGCAGGAGCAGCGCAUGCACCAGGAGCAGCUGAGUCUGGCCCAGCAGAGGCUGCUGCUGGACCACAUCCGACAGGACCUGCCCUCCAGCCCCGUGGUGCUGCUCCCCAGGACCCAGGGCCCGGCAGCCUCCUGCCUGGGUGCCACUGUGGCUCCUGCCGCCACCGCGCCCCGGUGCAGCCGGCCCCCCGCCGGCCUGGGCCCCUCGCACCUCCACGCCAAGCUGGUGCUGCUGAAGCACGCAGCGGAGCAGGACCGUGACUUCUUGGAGAAUGAACAGUUCUUCCUGGAGACCCUGAAGAAAGCCUCCUACAAUAUGACAUCCCAUUCAGCCUGAAGGGCGCCACUGGCUCCUCAGCGGAGGCCUCCAACCCUGGAAGUCUCUCCCACCGCACCCCUGGCUGCCGGCUCCGAGGAGGGAGUACCCAGGGCCUGAUUACAGCUCCUCCUGGGGACAGGGUGCGAGCACGUGCUCUCUGCACACUCCAGCCUCUAGGGCUUGAGGAGCAGUGGCCUCUGGGGAGAUGUGAUGCCGAAGGUGUCUCAGCCCCACGACCCUGCCAGCCACAGCUUCGGUUCUCCUCCCCCAGACUUCCAGCUCAGAUCCAAGGGCUCACUGGGCUCUGUGAACCCCUCCCUUCCUCAGCAGGCAGAUGGUUGGGGGAUAUUUUCACCUGGGCCUCUUCUGAGGCGGGGGAGUCUUCUAGAGAGACGCCACGGACAGCCUCCUGCCCUCUCUGUCUGAGAGGCCUACAGGGACAGCACGGGCUCUCCUCCCUAACUGGGACACAGAGUCAGAGCACAUGUUUUGAAGCGCCUUCUAUCCUCUUGACCAAGGAGGCGGGCGGUGUUGUGGGGCACAGAGGGGGCAGGAGGGCGCCGUGCCCAGCCAGGUUUUACCUCGCAGCCUUGUGCUCUCAGGUUGGCUGGCAGAAAGUUCCUGCCUCAUUCCCAGCUGCCUGAAUCACUGACCAGCCCUCACGAAUACUGGCCUGUCGCUUCUUGUAAUUAGGGCUUCCCAGAGGCAGAGCUGGGCGUGACAGUGGGGUGUGGUGAGGGACCAGUAGAGAGGCCUCUCUGUCCUGUUCACCUGCUACGAAGCCACAGCAGGUGGGAGCAAAGACUGGAGAGUGAAGGCCGCUGCCACAGCUGGGAGGGUAGAGAGCACUGGGGACCCCCACAGGGCCUUACCCAGGCUGCCGCCCCUGGGAGGGCGCCUUUGCACUUUUCCCUGCAGGGGCGCCAGGAGAGGGGCGGCAGCUUGGCAGUUGUCCCAGCAAACCCGAGGACAGAUGGACUCCACUAACAUAACCACGGCCACUCCUGAAGCGGCUUUCCUCAGCCAGCGACUGGUUACCUUCCACUGGAGGACAAAGGGCAGAGGAGGACGAGGCUGAGGGGGUACCAGAACAGCUUUCAGAAGGAUCUUCAUUUACCAGCUAUUUCCGGCCUUUAUCUUGGACCCAUUAAAUUGCUAUAUUCUUAACGA